UCACUCCAUACUCGUUACACCAAACAUAAAACUAGUAGCUUAGAGCCUUGGACUAGAUAUAUAAUGGCCUAUUCCGCCAAGCAAAUCUUCCCCUUGACCCACGUUUCCCAACACAAGUUCUCGGCUCCUAUUAGGCAUUUUCGUCUCCCACUUUUCUCUUCCAAUAAUAACAACCAAGUGAAAAUUAGCCUCUUGCCCAAGAGACCUUUGCAUGUGUCGGCUUCUCUCCAGGGUCCGAAGGAUCCCAAGCCCCGGGAAGCAUUGGGUCCUGCCAAAGCGUAUGAAUCAGAGCAGUCUCAGCCGAUCUCGAUUAACAUAGAAUUUGACCGCGAGAUGUCUCAGAAGCUCAGGAUCGGGGUCUAUUUUGCUACUUGGUGGGCUUUGAACGUGGUUUUCAAUAUAUACAAUAAGAAGGUCCUUAAUGCCUUCCCAUUUCCAUGGCUUACAUCUACUCUUUCAUUGGCUGCCGGGUCGGCUAUGAUGCUUGUUUCUUGGGCUACAAAGGUUGUUGAAGUCCCAGAGACUGAUCUCAACUUCUGGAAAGCCCUGUUACCUGUUGCUGUGGCACAUACAAUUGGACAUGUGGCCGCCACGGUUAGCAUGUCCAAGGUUGCGGUCUCCUUCACUCACAUUAUAAAGAGCAGUGAGCCGGCUUUCAGUGUCCUCGUCUCCAGGUUUCUUCUGGGCGAGGCUUUUCCAAUGUCGGUUUACUUUUCGCUACUGCCCAUAAUUGGAGGAUGUGCUCUUGCCGCUGUCACUGAAAUCAACUUCAAUUUGACCGGGUUUAUGGGGGCGAUGAUAUCGAAUUUAGCGUUUGUAUUUAGAAACAUUUUCUCAAAGAAAGGAAUGAAGGAAGGGAAGUCGGUUGGAGGGAUGAAUUACUAUGCUUGUUUAUCGAUUAUGUCUCUCUUGAUUCUCAUUCCAUUUGCAAUUGCAAUGGAGGGUCCGACGAUUUGGGCGCUCGGCUGGGAAAAGGCGGUCACCGAAAUCGGACCUCAUUUCGUAUGGUGGGUGGUGACUCAAAGUGUGUUUUAUCAUCUUUAUAAUCAAGUUUCAUACAUGUCCUUAAAUGAGAUCUCACCGUUGACAUUUAGUGUUGGGAAUACGAUGAAGAGGAUCUCUGUCAUCGUCUCCUCCAUCAUCAUCUUCAACACUCCUGUUCAGCCAGUCAAUGCCAUGGGAGCCGCCAUUGCCAUCCUCGGAACUUUCAUCUAUUCGCAGGCCAAGCUAUGAAAGGAAAUUAAACCAAUGUACUGCUUGAAGCUUAUAUGACGAUCAUGUAACUAAUUACAGCUAUAUAAAUUAAUUAAUUUAUUUAAUUAGUGUUUUUUGUAAUAUGGCUUAAUUAAGAUAUCAAUAAUAAUAUUUCUUCCCAAA